UACACUUAUUUACCAUUCUCUCUAAAACUUGGACUUGUUCCGGUCUCUCUGUUAUGUAUCUACAUGGUCCAGGUGCAAGCGCGUAUCUCGUUUGAUUCGUAUCAACGUCUACUUUACUUUGCCAGUUGGGAUAAAAUUCAGACACCCAUUCAAUUCAUGUAUUCCUGCUUUUUUAAACGGAUCGGAGGCCAUGAUCAACAAAGUCACCAAGCACAAAUCUAUGACAAUUCCCGUGGCUCCUUAUUAAGAGGACGUCAAACUAUGCUUAAAUUAUGCGCCGCUCAAAUCAAGGAACAGCUGGCAACGGGUAUUAUGCAAAAGAAACCGAUUUGGAUUGAUCUUGGUGAUUCAUUUGAGAAGAUUAUUCUUGUGGAUUUAACACCUUCACUUUGUAAAGUCGCUCAAGAAAGAUUUUUAAAAAAGGGUUGGAAAAAUGUCACUGUCCUCUGUCAAGAUGCUUCCACUUUUCAAGUACCUGAAGGCUCUUUGGAAGGACGUGUUGGAUUAGUUACUGUUUCUUAUGCAUUAUCCAUGAUGGAUGACUAUCACCCUGUUGUGGAUCGUAUACAAUCCCUGUUAUCUCCUGAAGGUAUCAUCGGUGUUGUUGAUGUUUAUGUCUCUGGCCGUUCAAGCGCACCAGCAGAAAAAUGGUCACCACAACAAAAUCGACAAUCCUGGUUUGAGCUUGAUCAUAUUCAUUUAGGCCCCGGCCGUCGUGAUUAUCUCGAGUACAAGUUUGGUACCAUCAAAUCUUUGAACCGUCGUAAUCAUUUUAUUAUCCCUUACUUGAUUCAAAUGCCAUACUAUCUUUCUCAUCUGGUAGAAAUUCCGGAUGAUACCGAUAGUGUUACAAGUAAACAAUCGUUUAAUAUUGUUUCUCGCACUUCGUUUUUACAUCAAAACAAACAAUGGAGAGUGGACUAUAACCCAAUAUUGCCUUGUCAUACGCAGUUAGACCCACGUGUUGACCUCCAAUAUUUAAACAUUACCAGUCAAGAUGUUAUCCCAUCCCAACGAAUUCAUUGCAUUGAUAUGAAUCCCUGUCAGAAUCAUUUACUGGAGCUAAAACUUGCUAGUAUUGCAUCAUUAGAGUACAAAGAUUUUUGGAGAAUGUUUGGUGACGGCAAUCAUCCUCACUUUUCCACGUUGCUACAUGACAUCAUAUCACCCCAUUUGAGUUCAUAUGCGUUUCAGUAUUGGAGUGAAAACAGUAAUCGAUUUAAUCACAAUUCAAAAACAUAUUUGGGACACCAAAGUAAGGCCUGCAAUUUUUCGCCCAUGAUUCAAAAAAUUCUUCAUAACCCAAUGUUUAUGUGGAACGCGCUCGGCGUGUACACCCAAGAGUAUAUUGAAAAUACUUUGGAUCCCAUACCUUGCCUUUCUCUGUUUAACCAAGAUCAAUACUUUUAUUAUCUUUGCUUAAACCAACGUUAUACUCCAACUAGCUGCCCUUCAUAUCUUACAGAAUAUGGGUUUAAUCAAUUAAAGGACGCUGAAAAAACUUUUUAUUUAGACCUCUGGGCACUGGAUUCAUUUAGGUUACAUACAGAAUCAAUAUUAGACUCGCUAAAAUCCAUGGGGGAUAGAUAUUUGACACGGUUAGUCGUGAUGGAUCAUAUGGAUUGGUUUGAUCCUACCUCUUGUCAUGAAUUGGAUGAUGAGAUCAGGGAAAUGAAGCGAACAUUAAAAAGCGGUGGACAGGUUUAUUGGAGAAGUGCAGGCACACAACCAUGGUACAAAUGAAUUAUUUGUGAAGCAUGGAUUCAGUGUUGAACCUCUGGUAUUCGUUGUCCUGGUCAAGCUAGUGACCGUGUAAAUAUGUAGGCCAGCUUUUACAGAGCCACCAAAGUGUGAUUGUAAAAUCGCAAUCAAGUAAAAAGUAAAAAUUAUUUCGCUAUCAUAAGUAGAUUACAUCAAUAAAAUCUAUCGAUUGUCUU